CGCAUGCGCGGCCGGACCAUGGGCAGGCGGCGAGCGGGGCCGAGCGUGGCCCGGGAGAUUGAUGGACUGGAGGAGAAGCUGGCACGCUGCAGACAGAGCAUGGAAGAGGUGGAUCUUAAGCUGCGCAAGGAGAAGCUCAGCCCUGAAGGAAGAAAGUCACUGGAGAGAGAGAGAAACUUACUAAUGACCAAAGCUGACAACUACGAGAAAGAACUGAGUGUGCUUCGUAAGGAAAAUCGCAAGAAUGCUGCCCUUGCUGUGGCCAUGGCAUUGCUGAUUGCUCUUAUUUACGCCUGCUGGACGAUGUGAUUGCACUGAAGAAUUCUCCCUGCUGAACAAAUGACUCCUGAAAGGAACUCUUCCUCCUCUCACCAUUGUGCUUCCCCCAAGRGUGAGGAUCAGCAUUUCAAAUUACUGUUCUUGUUUGUUGUCUCCAAGCCUUGUUGUAGGGAAGAUUUUUCUCUGCAAAUUGAGGACAGGAUACAAACCAGAAAUCACAGAACACUUGCACUUAGAAAUCAGGUCAAGCAGAACUCACAGUGAUGCCAUCUUACCCAAAACAAAACAGCCAGCCUGAUCCAGGACGGCAAUACAUUCUCCCUUUUGAAGCAGACCUCUGUGAUGGCAGGUGCUUUCUGCCCAGCCCAGAUGGAAUACAACACAACCUUCUUGACUCCUGUGACAGUCAUAAACUGAAGGGACCAAGCUCUUGCUUUAAAGGGUAAUCUGUAGGUAUCACAAUUUUCUAUGUUCCCAAAGGUGAGCUAAAGAUGCUUCUUCCUUCACCCUGAGUUCCAUGACCAAAGGACUCCUACCUCCACAAAAGCAGAUGGGAUGUAGGUAUCUCUGAAAGUGGGUAGACUCAAAAUUGUGAUCUGGGUGCUUGGUCUGUGAGAGGAUCUGCCUACCUCUUCAGUGCAUCAGAGCUUGGUAGCUAUUUUGUGCCUUUGAGAAUCAGCACUUGCAGAAGACAAUUUACUAUCAGCUCCCAGAGAUGGAAAUGGUUCUGUACAGCUUUAAAUAAAAUUAUCUGAC